UGAUCACGUGACAAAUCAUACCAAUUGACGCGUUUUUUACUGCAGAACUAUUCCUGUACUUUAGCCAAUGAGAAGUCGACUUCGUUUCCCUCCUGUGGCAGUCAUGGCGCCACCCGUGAGGUACUGCAUUCCGGGCGAACGUCUGUGUAACUUGGAGGAGGGCAGCCCAGGCAGCGGCACUUACACGCGACACGGCUACAUCUUUUCGUCGCUUGCUGGCUGCCUGACGAAGAGCAGCGAGAACGGAGCGCUUCCUGUCAUUUCUGUGAUGAGAGAAACAGAAUCCCAAUUACUACCAGAUGUGGGGGCUAUUGUAACCUGUAAGGUCUCUAGCAUCAAUUCGCGCUUUGCCAAAGUGCACAUCCUAUAUGUGGGGUCCACACCACUUAAGAACUCUUUUCGAGGAACUAUCCGCAAGGAAGAUGUCCGAGCUACUGAAAAAGACAAGGUUGAGAUUUAUAAGAGUUUCCGCCCAGGUGACAUUGUCCUAGCCAAAGUGAUCUCCCUGGGUGACGCACAGUCCAAUUACCUCCUGACCACUGCUGAAAAUGAGCUUGGGGUAGUGGUGGCCCACAGUGAAUCGGGUGUCCAGAUGGUUCCCAUUAGCUGGUGUGAGAUGCAGUGCCCUAAGACUCACACUAAAGAAUUCCGGAAAGUGGCUCGAGUACAGCCUGAAUUCUUGCAGACCUAAGAAGCUACAUUUUACCCCACGGAAGGGGUAAGCUGUUUCUAAGAGUACAUGUAUGAACCCAACAUCAGGAUGCCAUUGUUUUUAUUCACACACCUCAGGUUGACCAACAACCACCUGUAGAAAAAUCUGCCAGCAACUUUUACUGUCAGAAUAUUUUUCUUAUGAACCUUGCAAUGGAUUUCAUUCUCUUGAGUGAUUCUCUUUUGGAGGUGCCAGCAAAUGAACUGUAUAAUGUUGGAAGUAAUCUGUUUCUUCUGACAGUCUUACAAAUACAUAUUUAUUGCUGUGACAAAACAUUUUUACUAAAAGGAUUUUAUGGUUUCUGUUGUCUUGAGUAGGGAAAGGAAUCUAAAAAGCAUCAUGACAUGGGGCACCUGGGUGGCCCAGGCGGUUAAGCAUCUGACUCGUGGUUUCAACUCAGGUCAUAGUCUCCCAGUUUGUCAGUUCGAGCCCUGCAUUGAGCUCUGUGCUGACAGCUCAGAGCCUGCUUGAGAUUCUUGCUCUCAAAUUAAAAAAAAAAAAAAAAAAAAAGUUUUAAAUAAAUAAAAAUCAUCAUGACAUUUAGAGCAGAGAUUUGCCUCGUACUGUUAACUGACACGUGUCAAGUGCUUGCUUACUCUGGAAAAACCUCACCUCCGGUCAUUUUUGCGUUUUUUAUGUUCCUUUUAAGCACUUCUGCUUAUUGAGUACUUCCUAUGUGCCAGGCACCGGGUCAAGCACUUUAUAAACAUCCCCUCGUUUAGAGAGAUUAUGGUUUAGUGAAAAUGAUAGAACACGUGGUGAUGCAGGGUGCAUGUGAGUAGUUCUGAAAGUAAUUAGGUGAAUAUAGUAUUACUGAUUAGUGGGUACUCCAGGAAACGUUAAAUCUGAAUUGAAAAGAGGGUCAGAGCACUGUUUCGUGAGGUGACCAGGGAAAGAUCUGUAAUGUGAAGUAAAAGGAAUUGAAGAACUGAGGUAGUGACAUGAAGAUACUCAAGGCAGACAGAAAAACUUAAGCAGAGGGCAAAAGCAGGAAUGAACAUGCAGGUUUGGGGAUGAGGAAGAGAUGAGGGUUUAAGCAUGGCAAAGCUGCAGAGAGAAUAGAAGGAAAGAAGAGAUGUCAAUUUUUUUUAAUCUAUAUAUUUUUUAAGUUUAUUUAGUUUGAGAGAGCACGAACAGGGGAGGGGCAGAGAGAGAAUGAGAUUCGCAAGCAGACUCUGAGCUGUCAGCACAGAGCCCACUGUGAGGCUCAAUCUCACAAACCAUGAGAUCGUGACCUGAGCCGAAACCAAGAGUCAGAUGCUCAACUGAGCCACCCAGGCAUCUCAAGAUAUGUCAGUUCUUGAGAUGUUCUUCAAGGAGCAUCUGUCACUGCACACAUCUUAUGUGUGUAGUGACAGUGGUUACAGGUGAACUCUGGAAUCAACCCGACUGGGUUUGUAUCCUCCAGCUGCCAGCCGGAAUAGGUUAGGUUGUUUGUUUCGUUGGUUUUUGGGUUUUUUUAAAUGUUUGUUUUUGAGAGAGGGAGAGACAGAGAAUUCCCAAGCAGGCUCUGCACCACCAGCCCAGAGCCUGAUGCAGGGCUCGAACUCACGAACGUGAGUGAGUUCAUGACCUGAGCCAAAACCAAGAGUCAGACACCCAACCAACCGAGCUACCCAAGUGACCCUGUUCGGUUUUUUUAAAUUAGAAAAGAGUAUUGAGAUCAAUGUAGCUCCACAUGCAGUUUUAAGAAACAAUUCAGAUAGAUCCCUUGUACACUUAGCACCAUUUUCCCCUAAUGGUGACAUUAUGCAAAUUACAGUAUACUAAAAUAAUCAGCAUGUUGACAUUGA